CAGGAUCAAGUUCAGGUUCAAAAUUAAAAGGUCCUGAUCUGAGUUUAAAAGGCACACAGCACGUCAUGCAAGCAGGCCAGACACUGUAUCUCAAGUGCAGGGGGGAAGCAGCCCAUUCAUGGUCUUUGCCUGAAACAGUAAGUAAGGAAAGCAAAAGGCUGAGCAUAACUCAUUCUGCCUGUGGAAGGAAUGGCAAACAAUUCUGCAGUACUUUGACCUUGAACAUGGCUCAGGCAAACCACACUGGCUUCUACAGCUGCAAAUAUCUGGCUGUACCUACUUCCAAGAAGAAGAAAACAGAAGCUGCAAUCUAUAUAUUUAUUAGUGAUCCUGGUAGCCCUUUCGUAGAGAUGUACAGUGAAAUCCCAGAGAUCAUCUACAUGACUGAAGGAAGGGAGCUGGUCAUUCCCUGCCGGGUUACAUCGCCUAACCUCACUGUCACUUUAAAAAAGUUUCCAUUUGACACUCUGACCCCCGAUGGGAAACGAAUAACCUGGGACAAUAGGAAAGGCUUUAUAAUAUCAGAGGCAACAUACAGAGAAAUUGGGCUUCUGACUUGUGAAACAACAGUCCAUGGACAUCUGUAUAAGACAAACUAUCUCACGCAUCGACAAACCAAUACAAUCAGAGAUGUCCAUAUAGGCACACCGAGCCCAGUCAAAUUACUCAGAGGCCACACUCUUACCCUCAACUGUACUGCCACCACCCCCUUGAACACGAGAGUUCAGAUGUCCUGGAGUUACCCUGGUGAAAAAGCAAAUAGAGGUUCCAUAAGGCAACGCAUCGACCAAAGCCACUCCCACUCCAACAUGUUCUACAGUUUUCUUACCAUUGACAAAGUGCAGAACAAAGACAAAGGACUCUACACCUGCCACGUGCAGAGUGGACCAGUCUUCAAAUCUGUCAACACCUCAGUGCAUAUAUAUGAAAAAGCGUUCAUCACUGUGAAACAUCGAAAACAGCAGGUGCUUGAAACCAUAGCUGGCAAGCGGUCUUACCGGCUCUCCAUGAAAGUGAAGGCUUUCCCCUCUCCGGAAGUCGUAUGGUUGAAAGACGGGUUACCUACAACUGAGAAAUCUCCUCGCUACUUGGUUCAUGGCUAUUCAUUAAUUAUCAAGGAUGUAACUAUGGAGGAUGCAGGAGAUUAUACAAUCUUGCUGAGCAUAAAACAGUGGAAAGUGUUUAAAAAUCUCACUACCACUCUGAUUGUGAAUGUGAAACCCCAGAUUUACGAAAAGGCCGUGUCAUCAUUUCCGCACCCAGCCCUCUACGCACUGGGCAGCAGACAGACCCUGACCUGCACCGUUGAUGGCAUCCCUCAACCCACAAUCAAGUGGUUCUGGCACCCCUGCAGCCGUAACCAUUCCAGAACAAGAUAUGGCUUUUGUUCCAGUAACGAAGAGCCCUUUAUCCUGGAUCCUGACAGCAACAUAGGAAACAGAAUCGAGAGCAUCACUCAACGCGUGGCAAUAAUAGAAGGAAAGAAUAAGACGGCUAGCACCUUGGUUGUGGCUGACUCUAGAAUUUCUGGAAUCUACAGUUGCGUGGCUUCCAAUAAAGUAGGGACUGUGGAGAGAAACAUAAGCUAUUAUGUCACAGACGUGCCAAAUGGGUUUCAUGUGAACUUGGAAAAAAUGCCUACAGAGGGAGAGGACCUGAAACUGUCUUGCACAGUUAACAAGUUCUUAUACAGAGACAUUACUUGGAUCUUACUGCGGACAGUUAAUAACAGAACAAUGCACCACAGCAUUAGCAAGCAAAAAAUGGCCAUCACUCACGAGUACUCCAUAAUUCUAAACCUUAUCAUCAAGAACGUUUCCCAGGAAGAUUCGGGCACCUAUGCCUGCAGAGCCAGGAAUGUAUACACAGGGGAAGAAAUCCUUCAGAAGAAAGAAGUUACAAUUAGAGAUCAGGAAGCUCCAUCCCUCCUGCGAAAUCUCAGCGACCACACAGUGGCUGUCAGCAGUUCCACCACCUUGGACUGCCAUGCAAGCGGCAUCCCAGAGCCUCAGAUAACCUGGUUUAAAAACAACCACCAAAUACAACAAGAACCCGAACUGUAUACAUCAUCAUCACUACCAUUUUACUGGUUCCUGCAAAAGCAGGCCCAU